AAGACUAAUCGCGGACUCACGUGCAAUAAGCACACCGGCUCUACGUUUCGGUCUUCCUCCACCGCGCGGGUUCUCCCUCUCGUGUCGUCGAUUCCUGGUGGGAGGGAUUAGGGUUAGGAGAGAGAUAGAUAGAGUGGGGGAUCGUGAUGGCUCGGUUGCCGAAUCAAGACGAGCUCCGGACUUGUUCCGGCUGCUCAGGUGCGGCGUCGGCGGCGGUGAAGUUGGAGACCGAGGAUCCUUUGGAUGACGAGCUCGGCCGUCUUAGCAAGAAGUUUAAGACCGUGGCCCGUCAUCAACAGGACGCGAUGUAUAACUUGCUUGAUGAACUUAGUCCUUUGGGCCUACAUCUUAGGAAGAGCCCAUCUUUGGUUGAUUUGAUUCAGAUGAGGCUUUCUCAAACAAAUUCUUCUGCUGCAUCUUGUGGCUCAACUUUGAGAGCUUGGGAGGUGGAAGGAAGAAAGAACUGAUGUCAGCACCUGUUUCUAGCACAACUGAAAAGAUGAAAGCCUCAAAUUUUCCUUUAUCACUUUUGAGGAUUGCUACAUGGGAGGUGAGAAAUUAUGUUGCUCAUGUAAUUAUUGUUCUAUUUGUCUUUCAAUUUCCUUUUGAUGUUUGAUGCCGUUGGGAAAGGUAUCAUAUGUCAAUAAUGCGAAGACAAAUUUCUGUCACUGCUUCUCGUCAUCUGAUUGAUGUGAUUGAUUGUUCUUGGUUGUCCCAUGUAUUCUGACGACACCACAUGGUGAAUGCUUGCUCUAAUUUAUUUCCAUGUGAUAAUUGAUCUGAGGGCUAAGAAUCAGUGUAUGUUUGCUAAUCUUUGUAUUAUUGUUUAUGAGUUUUGAUGUAAACUGAAUACUUUUAGAUUCACAAUCGUAUCUUCGAUGGUAACUUGGAUUUAGCUGUUAAGGAUGGCAGAAGGAACUAACUUUCUUCUAGAUUUUCAGCAGAUUCUGUGCAUCAACUGCACAAUAUCAAAGUUACUC